UUUAUUUUUCAUUUUUAAUUUUGGAUGAUUAUAUUUUAUUAUGAUUUUUCCUUAGAUAACUAAACAAGAAAAGAAUCUUAUGAAACCUCUUUAUGACAGAUACAGAAUUAUCAAGAAACUUCUUGCAACUCCAUCAUUGAUCACAACAAUUGAAGAAGAAGACUCAGAUGAAGACCAUUCUCAAAGCAGUCGUGAGUUAUCGUCUGGUCCAAUAUCUUGCCUCCCUGUCGAUGAGCACCUGUGUUACUCUCAGGAGGAGAGUGAGCCUGCAUAUGUCUCACCUCCAAAUGAAAAGAAAACUUUAAGACAAACAGCCUUAUCUAUGUCCAAUUUACAUGAGGCAACCAUGCCUGUUCUGCUUGAACAUCUCCGAGAAACAAGAGCAGACAAGAAAAGGCUUCGCAAAGCUUUAAGAGAGUUUGAAGAACAAUUCUAUAAGCAGACAGGAAGGAGUCCUCUAAAGGAAGAUCGUGUACCAAUGGCAGAAGAAUACUCAGAAUACAAGCACACAAAAGCCAAAAUCAGGCUCAUAGAAGUUCUCAUCAGUAAGCAUGAUGUUUCCAAAACAAUUUGAAAUCAGUACAAUGCAGUGGUAUAAUUCUCUAGCAAAUCAAACAAACAAUAACGAAAAAACAAAGUGGUAGUUUUAGAGGUCUUGGUCAGCUGCACAAUUAUUUGACACGCUGAGAUAUUUGAUGCACUUUACUAAUUCUAAAAGCGGGGAUGAGGGUGGACAGCAAUAUGUGAGAAUAUUAAGAACGGGUGAGUGAACUAUAUAUAGAAUAUAUAUAUAUAUUUUCCCUUUAAAGCUUUGAAGUGCACUGUGAGAAUGUUAGAAAUUAAAAGGACACUGAAGUAUUGUUGACUCUCUGUUUGACUUGUUCCUAGGUUGAAAAAGUGUGAGGAAAUGCCUCCAGGUUAUUAGUACAUCUUAGAAUACACUAAUGUACCACACGCUUUUAUUUUUUUUUAAACAGAGUUAACAUGCAGUACAAAUAAAACUAUAACUUUUGGUUCUCAACGUGUUGAUUGGUUCACUAGAUUAAAAGGAACACAAGUAAGUAAGUUUAAAACAACAAAUUCUGUCUUUCAAGACAGAGUUGCCACUUGAUUCCAGUACAUUCAAGGGAAAAAAAUUGACAGGAUUUAGAGGAAAGAGGCAUGACUGCCAAAUGGAAUUACUGUAUUUCAAAAAUAAGAGAAAGUACUUGGCAAAACAAAACAGGUGGAGUUUACCAGGAAGAGAUUUAGGAAACGUACUGGAUGCUGUCCUUUUCAUCAUGGUUCAAAGCACCUGGCUUAUGGUACAUAAAAUCGGGGAAAUAGACCAACUAUAUGCUAAUUUUUAUUUCCAUACUGAAUUUCUGCACUUUAUUUUGCCUGAUGCUAUAAUGUUUGCUUUUCUGAUUACCAAAGCUUGUUUAGAAGCAUGCACUUUGUACAAUGUCAAGUUAUUUAUUUCCUCUGUUAUAUAAAUUGCCACAUAUAUAUAAAGACUAGAGUAUUGCAUUAUGCUAAGAUAUUUUGAAUAGAUAAAGUAAAGUACCUGGUAUAUAAUUGAGUGUCACAGUUAUCUGAUGAGGAACACUAGACUUCUUGUUUACUAUAUAAAAGAUUAUAAAGAAGAUAUUUUUCCAUUCAAAUGAUACAUCUUUCUUAACUUUCAGAGCACCAGACUUUGUAAUAUUAAGGAAAUUUUCCCUCUAUUUGUGAUAACUCAUUAGUGUGAAUUAUUAACAGAAGGGUUAUCAGCAUUUUUGUACUAGAAAUGAAAAGCAGGGAUUCUGGGAAAUACUUAGCCCAGGCAUAAAGAAAGGAAGAAUGAGAGAAGAAAAAAAGGGAUGUGUGUAAGUUGAAACGUGUUUUGUGUUUUGGUUUAAUUGUUAAUUUUGUAUUGGCCACAUAGUAUAAGGAACAUGUUUUAUACCUAUCUUGGUAAGAAAUUUUUCAUUUUAUAAAGCCUAUUAUGUGCCAACCACGUUCGUAUUUAUAUUGUAUGUGGUGAUGGGGAAUGUUUUUGAAGACGUACACAUUUUCAAGUAGCGUGGAGGAAAAAGCAUGAUGACUAUAAAAGGACAUUUUUAUUUCUCAGAGGUUUGUUGUUUCAGUGUACCAAUUUAAUAAUUUGUAACUCAAAUUUUAUGAAUCAGAAUGGUCUCCUUCAUAAAUCUGUUUUAAUUAAAGUCAUCUAGAGCAACAGGAACAGAUACAGAACUAUUUGAAGUUUACAAACUACAUCUUUGAUAAGGGAAAAUGAUUUCAUGACAUAUGUAUACAAUUGAUAUUAAAACGUAAUCUAUAUAUUCUAUAUGAUUGUAUAAUAUUUUAUACAACAGUACAAAUAAAAUAUUUUUCUAUUAUA